AUGGCCCGUUCAAUAUUCGCAGUCUUGCGGGGUAUCUGCAACAUCAGCUUCAUUGUCUACAACUUUGUGACUGUGCCACCCAGGAACUCGGAAGAGCAUUUGAACAUGUCCAAGCACAUUGUUGCAUGGUUAGAACUCCCGAUAUGUAUUGGUUUUGCCUUUGCCUUGCACCAGGUUUUUCUUGUGGCGGUGUUUGGGCGCCCCCGGGCUGCAGCGUUGCUGUCAAGCAAUGUUAGAAGUUGUGCGGAUUUCUCCCUGAUCCGUGUUCUUCCAAUGGCCAAUCCGCUAACCUUGGCCAAACAUAUUCGCCCGAUUCUGCAAAACGGCUGGUAUUGGAUGGCACUGGGGCAAUUCCUCGUCACGCUUUGGCUUUUACCAGCUGCAGUUCUAUGUGUCGUUAUAAAAGUGGAGCAAGUCGAUUUCAUCGCUACUCUGCCCAUCCCGGAGUGGUCACCAUGGGAAUUCUUUGCACUGGCUGGCUUCAUCAACAACCUGUCUGGGAUUAGAGGAGACACCGACCUUCUCAAAAUGUACGGAGCAUUGCGGUUGAGACGCGGUACUGAGGAAAAUGAAGCCCAGCUAAGGGUACACCUUGUGCAGUGGAGGCGAGAACUUGUCGAAUUCAAUUCGAGCCUCUUCGGAUUUUUUGCCGCCGUCGGUAUUGACCUCUCUCUGAGCGCCGAUGACAUUUGUAAACUAUCUUCGGCCGCUGAGAGUCUUUGCGAUGGUGAUGUCCUUAACUCCAGCGCGACCAGAUUGGGAAUACCUACCACUGAGUGA